CGCGAUCUCUCUCGCCACCAUCCACAUCGUCUCCAUCCCCAUCUUCAUCUUUUCUUGCAUAAUAGAGUUGAACCUUUUCCAAACUUCACUGCUCUGAUCCAACCUUGAUUUUUCGAUCUAUUCUGGAGCAGUACAACAGCGGCAUGAUUUGAGAUGCUUUUAGUGCCUUUUAGUUGGAUCUGGAUUCUUCUGGCUCAUUUUUAUCUCGCUGUGAUAGGCGACAGCUGAGUCUUUAACCUGCCAGCCAAACGGGACUUUAAAAACUGCUGAGUAUAAGGAAACUCUCCUUGGAAACCCUACCCACACUUCGCUACCUUCUCUCCGUCGUCUAAACCACAAACAACAGGGAAGAAUCACAGAUGGCGCCUGCUCCGAUCAUCGAAGAAGUCGAAGUUGAGAAGAAGCUCCAUGGAGAUGCCCCAGUUGUGGAAGACGUGAAUGAGAACGACGAACACGAUGAUGAUGUCGAGGAUUCUGAGGAUGACGACGAUGACAAGGAAGAAGGAGCUCAAGGUGGCAAUGGAAGUUCAAAGCAGAGCAGGAGUGAGAAGAAGAGUCGCAAGGCAAUGCUGAAACUUGGAAUGAAACCUGUUUUAGGUGUCAGCCGAGUUACAAUUAAGAGAACUAAGAAUGUAUUAUUCUUCAUCUCAAAACCGGAUGUCUUCAAAAGCCCACAUUCUGAGACAUAUGUCAUAUUUGGGGAGGCAAAGAUAGAAGAUUUGAGCUCUCAACUCCAGUCACAGGCUGCUCAGCAGUUUAGGAUGCCGAGCGACAUGGGUGGUUCAAUCAUGGCUAAGCCAGAUAACACUGUGGCUGCACAAGUGGACGAGGAGGAAGAAGAAGAGAUUGAUGAGACUGGAGUUGAACCUCGAGACAUUGAUUUGGUUAUGACACAAGCAGGAGUAUCCAGGUUCAAGGCUGUUAAGGCUCUCAAGACCCACCAGGGAGACAUUGUUAGUGCUAUCAUGGAGCUCACCACCACUUGAACGCUCUCUAGAUCCAUGUUUGGAAUUUGAUUUUUACCAUUUCGUCAUAAUUUUCUUGGUUGCAGGACCAUGUAGUAGUAUUGCCUAAUUGUGCUUCCUUUUUGAAUCAGAAUCAUUUUUAAGCAGAAUUUGGUUUUCUUUUGCUCUUUCAUGUCUUGGUUAUUAUUGCAUUGCCAGUAAAAGAAAAUAUCUUCUAUUUC